AUGGCGGCGGACGCGGGCGCGGCGGCGGCGGCCCGCGAGCGGCGGCGCGAGCAGCUCCGGCAGUGGGAGGCGGCGCCGGCCCCGCCCUGCCCCCCGCGGCCGCCGCGCGCCCGGGCCGUGCGCUUCGAGCGCGCCGCCGAGUUCCUGGCCGCCUGCGCGGGGGGGGAGCUGGGCGAGGCCCGGGCCAUGCUGCGGGGGGGCCCCGGCGGGGAGCGGCCCGGGCCCGGCCUGGUCAACGGCACCAACGCGGACGGGAUCAGCGCCCUGCACCAGGCCUGCAUUGACGAGAACCUGGAGGUGGUGCAGUUCCUGGUGGAGAACGGAGCCGACGUGAACCAGGCGGACAAUGAGGGCUGGACGCCCCUGCAUGUUGCUGCCUCCUGCGGCUACAAGGAGAUCGCCCAGUACCUGCUGGCCCACGGCGCGCAGGUGGCGGCGGUGAACAGCGAUGGGGAGAUUCCCCUGGACAUCGCCGAGGACGACGGCAUGGAGGCGCUGCUGCGGGAGGAGAUCACCAAGCGAGGGGUGGACGUGGCGGCCGCCAAGCGGGAGGAGGAGGAGCUGAUGCUGCAGGACACGCGCCAGUGGCUGAACGCCGGGCACAUCGACGACACGCGCCACCCCAAGACCGGAGCCAGCGCCCUGCACGUGGCCGCCGCGAAGGGCUACAUUGAGGUCAUGAGGCUGCUCCUGCAGGCCGGUUAUGACCCCAACGUGCAGGACAAGGACGGCUGGACCCCCCUGCACGCGGCGGCCCACUGGGGGGUGGAGGAAGCCUGCCGCCUGCUGGUGGAGCACCUGUGUGACAUGGACACCCUCAACAACGUGGGCCAGCGGCCGUGCGACCUGGCAGACGAGGACACGCUCAGCCUGCUGGAGGAGCUGCAGAAGAAGCAGGAGGACCUGCGCAGCAAGAAGGAAGCUCACCUGAAGCAGGCGGUGAUCGAUACCAGCACAGAGCAGCAGCCCGUGUACAGCGCCAAGCACAGGCGGAGCUCCGUGUGCCGCAUGAGCAGCCGGGAGAAGAUCUCGGUGCAGGACCAGUCCAAGGAGCGCAAGACCCUGGGCUCCAUUGUCCCAGAUGAGGAGAACAGCUCCGCCUCCGAGGGGGAGGAGCCGGAGAAACCCAGCGAGUCCACGAAGCCCCUCCCUCAGGAGAGCAGCGGCUUGAAUGGGGUCGCCCUGCCCCCCGUCUCCCCUGCACCGACAGGGCCCAAGUUCUCCGGAGGCCGCCCCGCAGCGCCGGAGGAUUCGUCGGCACCCGCCUGGAGGGCGGGGCUGCGGAAGACGGGCAGCUUCGGGGUGCUGCAGGACGCCCGGCUGGACGAGGGGCCCCCCAAGGAGGGCAGGAUCAAGCGCUCGGCGUCCAGCCCCAGGCUGGACACAGAGGAGAAGCCACAGGACAUCUGGGAAAUCCUACAGAAGUGGAACAGGACUCUGAUUGGCCCGGGGUUAGCCAAUAAGAGCGUAGCCUCAGAGCUAGCCAGUCGGGAGGAAGGGAGUUCAUCAGGUGACCUGAGCAAGGAGCCACCGCGCCUGGCCCGGGUCCCGCCGACGCCCACCCGGCGUAUCUUCACCCUGCCAGACGCAGAGCCAAGCCGAGCGAGCUUGGAAGACGGCCUGCAGAUGAAAAUCGACGUGGGUCCUGCCCCCAACCAGCUCCCCACUUCCAGCACAGACCCCCGCGACCGUCGAAGAUCGUAUCAGACCCCCGUGAGGGACGAGGAGUCGGAAUCGCAGCGCAAAGCCCGGUCGCGGCUCAUGAGGCAGUCCCGGCGAUCCACCCAGGGCGUCACCCUCACGGACUUGAAGGAAGCCGAGAAGACCAUUGGUCGAUCCGGGGACGCCAGGGCCCCCGAGCAGCGAAUCGGGGAGGACGGGAAGCGGGGCCGGGAAGGGGAGCAGCCGCUGGACACCACGGACUCGGCCAGGCGAUGCCGCGCAGCCAACCCCGAGGGCUCCUCCGUGUCUCCCGUGAAUCCCAUCGUGGUGAACUCUCAGGCAAAGAGAGCGCCGGAGCCCGAGGGGCUGGGGAUGGGCUCCGAGGCGGAGGCCGAGCUGCGGAACCGACUCGCCGUGCGGGACCGCCGGAAAGGCCGGCGGGAACGACGCUCCACGGGGAUGGUGCAGAACGCAGAGGGCGACGAGACCGAGGAGCCAGAGCAGCUGAACGACGCCGCCCCGGGAUCCAGCAGCACGUCCGACCACUUGAACAGCCUCCUGCCCCACCGGACGGAUGCCUACGGCUGCGCCAGGCUCAGCAGCGUGAGCAGUGCCGGGGACGAGCAUGAAUACAAAAAGCUCUAUGAAGAUCUCCAGGUGGAGAACGAGAAGCUGAAGGAGCAGCUGCAGGAGACGCAGCUGAAGCUGACCCAGAUUAAGCUGGAGCUGGAGCGGGUGACCCAGAGGCAGGAGCGCUUUGCCGAGCGGCCGGCGCGGCUGGAGCUGGAGAGAUUUGAGCGCCGGGCCUUGGAGCGGAAGGCGGCGGAGCUGGAGGAGGAGCUGAAGGCUCUCUCGGACCUGAAGGCCGAUAACCAGCGCCUGAAAGACGAGAACGCGGCUUUGAUCCGGGUCAUCAGCAAACUCUCCAAGUGACGCCCCCCGUCCAGGGCAGGGAAUCGCCCCAAUUCCCGGGCCAGCCCCUUCCAGCUGGCAGGGAGACCCCCCCCCACACUCCAGACCAGCUCCCCCAGCCAAGGUGCCAUGGGAGGGGGGAGUCUAUGGACCAGAAUAAGCCCCCCCCCAGCAGGACCACACCCCCUUACGCCUCCCCCUCAAACCAGGGACCUCCUGAUAAACCUCCCCCACAAAUCUUUCCUCUGGGGGAGGGGUGUCUGAGCCCCCCUGAUAAUCAGACCGACACCCCCCGCCCCCAAAACCCAGCCCCCGCCCCAGGACAAAUAUUUAUUUGUGGCUCUUGACAAUUCCUGCUCCAUGUUAAGUGACGCUCGUUGUCAGUAGCUGGGGAGGGGGCAGAUUCCCACCUGCCCCCAGUCCCAGCCUCUGGGGGGGGGCUUGUAACCCCUCCUCCCCCUGCUUCCAUUACCCCCAGUUAAAAGCCAAAAUGAUUCUCUCCCCCCCCCCGCCCCGUUUGAUCGUGGGGGUGUUAGCCGAGAUGGGGAUAUUGCAAGGCCCCCCCCUUUUUACAGACCCUUCAAUUCCCCCCCCCAGCUAAACAAAUCCCAGAACAUUAAUUUCCUUCCCACCUGGCAGCUUUGUUUCUGCCCCACGGCGCCCCCUGUGGAUGCCAAGGAUCUCUCACCUGCCCGCCCCACGGGAGCCCCGUGCCAGUCCCCCCGACAGGGAAAACGCCAGCCGGGGAGGGGCUGUUCGUACGGGGCUGGCAGACGGGGGAGGGGGGGCUAUGCCAGUAUUGUGGGGGGCCCCUGGGGAGAAACGGGGCGGGGGUCCAGGGAGGGCUACUCUAGGGUCAGCCCCCAGAGGGGCCCAGUAGGGGGAUGUGGGGGAGGGGACCCCCGAAUACACAGCCCCCUUGGGGCGUCCCCAGUGUGCGCUGCUUGGGUCCCGAGGGGGCAGGACCCAUCUGCUGUUCCGCCCCCACGUUCCUGCCUUGGCUCCACCCCCUCGGAAUCUUAGUGUUAAAAGGGGGCGGGACUUUAUCGUCACUUCCCCCACCCCCGUUGCAGUAUCUGGGCCGAACCAUGUCGAUGGCGGGGGAGUGGGUGGUGCCUCCCAAUUCUUCCUCUUAAGGGCUUCUUCCAUUGUAGAUUUGGUGGCGCAGGCACCCAAUAACCACAUGACCAAAGUGGGGGGUGCCCCCAGCUCCCCAAUAUCCCCCCCCGACCCAUAC